AUGGGAAGAGUGGAAGGUGGAAAUACGGGGGUAAGAACGGAGGGUGGGGGAUGGAACAGAACAAUACCUAAACCCAAGGAACGUGUUUCUUCAGGCUCGUCUGGCAGUGAUUCUCAUAGUGAAGUUAACAAGAAGUUAAAGGGAAAACAGCAAGUUGCUGCAGAAAAGUCUGUAAAGAAGCAGAAGACUGGCGAGACCUCCCCAGCUCUGUCCUCCCACCAGAGGAACAAAAGCAGAGAUGGUAACACGUUUCCAAUUGGAGAAAGGACAUACGUCAGUGUUCGACCCUUUAAAGGGAAAGUCCUAACGGAAAUUAGAGAAUACUGGAUGCAUCAGGAAGGUGAAAUGACGCGAGGAAGAAAAAAUUCUUCUCUAAACCCCAAGCAGUGGAGCCUGCUGAAGGAACAGAUUUCUGACCUUUAUGACUCAAUAAGGAAACUAUAA